AUGGUGAGUUGGGGGGGUCAUGUAAUAAAAGCGAGUGUGAAAAAGUGGGUUUUGAGGGCAGAUUUGAAGCCGCUGAGGUCCGUGCAUUCAUGGAUGUAUUUAGGGAGAGAGUUCCAGAGGGUGGGGAUGGAGACACUGAAGGCCCGGUACCCCAGAGUACAGUGCUUGGUUUUGGUUCGGGGUGAGAGGAGGUUUGCGUCAGCUGAGCGGAGGGGGCGGUUCAGUGAGGUCAGACAGGUAGGCGGGGGCCAGGUCAUGGAGGGACUUAAAGGUGAGGAGGAGGAUCUUGAAUUGAAUUUGGUGGGCAACAGGAAGCUAGUGAAAUUGACAGAGGACGGGAAUGAUGUGGUUGUAUGGGCGGGUGCGGGUGAGAAGUCUAGUGGAGGGGAGACCGUAGAAGAGGCUAUUGCAGUAGUCCAGUCUGGUGGUGAUGAAAGAGUGUAUUAUACUCAACUCAACUCAACUCAACUUUAUUUGUAG